AUGCAGGUGAGCCCUGGCACCCGUGACUUCGUGGCUGAGCGCUGGGUGGAGGUGGCGCUGGGGAGGCGCCGAUGUGGGGUUGCCAGCAGGUCUUCAGAAGAAGGAGGAUCCCGGCUCCACCAGGGGGCGGGGUCAGGUGGUCCGACCGGCUCCCACGGAGCAGAUUCGGCCCACGUGGGCACUGACCUCGGCCGAGUGUCUGAACACCCCGAACUGGACUCGCGAUGCAGAGGCCGGCCGAUGUACCCGGGGAGCCAGGAGGUGCCUGGAUUCAUCCUUUCCGCCCUCAGAGAGCUUCCGUCCGGAGGUGCGGCCAGUAGAACCAGAGGCACGGCCAUCACUGGGGCUGCCCGUGAAUGGUGUAACCUUUCUUGUGCCCCAGGAGCUGAAUGCUUCCCGGCCUGCCACCCCCAAAAUGGAUUCUGCGAGGAAGACAAUGUUUGCAGGUGCCAGCCUGGCUGGCAGGGUCCCCUGUGUGACCAGUGCAUGACCUUUCCUGACUGUGUUAACGGACUCUGUGUGGAACCCUGGCAGUGCAUUUGCAAGGAUGGCUGGGAUGGAAACCUCUGUGACAUAGACGUCCGGGCUUGUGCCUCGACCCCCUGUGCCAACAAUGGGACCUGCGUGAACCUGGAUGACGGCCAGUACGAUUGCUCCUGUGCCCCUGGAUUCUCGGGAAAGGACUGUCAGAAGAGAGACGGGCCCUGUGUGAUGGAUGGUUCCCCCUGCCAGCACGGAGGCAGCUGUGUGGACGACGAGGGCCAGGCUUCCCAUGCCUCUUGCCUGUGCCCCCCUGGCUUCUCAGGCAAUUUCUGCGAGAUCCUUGUGACCAACAGCUGCACCCCGAACCCAUGCGAGAACCAGGGCAUCUGCACCGACAUUGGAGGCGACUUCCGCUGCCGCUGCCCUGCCGGCUUCGUGGACAAGACCUGCAGCCGCCCGGUGUCCACCUGCACCAACGACCCAUGCCUGAACGGGGGCACCUGCCUGCAGCACUCCCAGGUGAGGUUCGAGUGUCUGUGCAAGCCCGAGUUCACGGGCCCCCUCUGUGGCCGGAAGCGCGCGGCGGGCCCCCAGCAGGUCACCCGUCUGCCCAGCGGUUACGGGCUGACUUACCGCCUGACCCCCGGGGUGCACGAGCUGCCAGUGCCGCAGCCCGAGCACCGCGUCCUGAAGGUGUCCAUGAAAGAGCUCAACAAGAGCGCUCCCCCCCUCUCCGAGGGCCAGGCCAUCUGCUUCACCAUCCUGGGCGUGCUCACCAGUCUGGUGGUCCUCGGCACUGUGGGCAUCGUCUUCCUGAACAAGUGCGAGGCCUGGGUGUCCAACCUGCGCUACAACCACAUGCUGCGCAAGAAGAAGAACCUGCUGCUGCAGUACAACAGCGGAGAGGACCUGGCUGUCAACAUCAUCUUUCCCGAGAAGAUCGACAUGACCACCUUCAGCAAGGAGGCUGGCGAGGAGGAGAUCUAGAAGGCGUUCCCGUUCCCACCACCCCCGUAUUCCCGCAGCGCCCACUCUACGCGGUCUGUUCUAAUCUUUGUGGUGGAGUUUGCUAUCCUUUGUGUCGAUCUGGUGAACGCUACGCUUACGUAUAUUACCUUUGUGAUGCCGUGUGACCAACGCAAUGCCAGCCGACCCCUCUUCUCUCUUCUUAAUGCAUGAUCAAAAAUGAUAAUAAUAAGAAUUUCAUCUUUAAA